AUGAGGGUUGUAACUUUGGAUAAAGGAUUUUGUUCAGGAAUAUUAAAGGAACAAAGAAAAAUCCAUAACCCAUUUAAUAGUAUUCAUGCAGCAGCUCUAUGUACAUUUGCAGAAACAGUUGGAGGAUUAGCAGUAAUUAGUACAUUUGAUGAAAAUAUGAAAGGAAUUGUUACAAAAAUUAGUAUUGAUUAUCAAAAGAAAGCAAGAGGAUUAAUUACAGCAACUUGUAAUUUUAAAAUGGGAGAAGGAGAAUCUAAAAUAGGUGAGAAGGAAGUAGAGGUUAUCCUCAAAGAUGAGAAAUUAGACACUGUUGCUAAAGCAAAUAUUAUGUGGCAAAUAAAUGAAAAAUAA